ACAGAAAGAGCGUAGCAGUAGAAGCAUCGAGCAACGGAUUGUGAAAGUAGCGUGCAGUGUCAGUCGCUCUAUACCAGCCAGCGGUUCUAGAACGGAUACUACUAAGCGGGUUAGGUUAGUGCACUUAGAAUUGACUGCUCGUCCAGUCGCAGCCAAUCGCGAUCGCUCUUCACCGAGCGCCAAGUACGAAUUUAACGCAAUAGUCCUUACUGAUACUGAAGACACCUAGUGCUAUAGUUCAACAAAGUGUACCGAACGACUUUUUCUUCAACUAGCGGGAAUUGGUCCGAUGUGAAAGUCAUUUGUCUCGUGAACAACGGUUCUUUCUAGAACAAAGUGUUUUUCCCUCGAUUUUAUCCGGUUCAGUGAAAGUGGCAAUGUAAAUUGAAAAUUCGCAAGAUGAUGAUGAUGAAUACGGAAGUCCUGCAAGUGGUCCACGAGAAGGAGCAUUGGAUAGAUGAAUCGCCGUUGGCAACGCUUCCCAGGGGAGGAGAUGAACCCUGGCCCAAUAUCCAGGAGGAGGUGACGAUCAUUGUGGACAAGAAGUCCAGGAGGAAAUCAUGGCACGCCAUCAAAUUCGAGAGAAAAAGGAGGAAGGGCGUAGUUGACCCUAGUACUCCGCCAGAGUCGAGGCAGAAGAGGCCUUCUUGGUGGAAUAUCUUUGCUUCUUCGCAAUGGCCAAGAUCAAGAAGGGCGUCGCAAGAUACUGGUAGGGUUACCAAGGAUAAUUUCCCAUGGCUAAGGAGUAAAAGCAGAAGUGUUGAUCAUGGCAUUGCCACACCUUUUGACUUGGACGCCCUGCGAGCUAAGGUAGAUGGACAUUUGGACAAGAGCAUCGAAAGAGAUCUGAAUAGUUCAACGAAUAGUUUAUCAGAGAAGAAAAAGUGUGGACCUCCUGAAAAUACAACGCUUUAUACGGUUGUGGAUAGGGACACUCUCACAUCAGUAGCUGCUAGGUUUGAUACUACCCCCACAGAAUUGACCAAAUUGAAUAGGUUAGCAACCCCAUAUAUUUUUCCCGGACAACAAUUGUAUGUUCCUCUCAGAGAAACAGUUGAAGAGGAAUCUGAAGGAUCUACGCCUGUUGAAGAGGCCCAUGAGGAUCUCCCAAAAGACGAGAAAGACCUGCUGGACACCCUGAGGCCGGCCAGCCCCAAACCCGGACAUGUGGAAAGGGUGCGGACGCCCUCGUACGCGCAGAGCUCGACGGAGCGCGACGAGGAGUCGCCCAUCUUCAGGGAGAGGUUCCUCAAGAUCAACGUGCGGCACAUCACAGACGGCCAGGGGGUGGUCGGCGGGGUGCUCCUGGUCACCCCCAACGCCGUGAUGUUCGACCCGAACGUGUCCGACCCCCUGGUCAUCGAGCACGGCCCCGAGGCGUACGGCGUGAUUGCGCCCAUGGAGUUCGUGGUGAACGCGGCCAUCUACAACGACAUCGCCCACAUGAGGGUCGGUCACACGCAGACCAGCCAGUCCGAGAAGCCGGAGAUUUAUUACCCGAAGUCGGAGAGCAGCGUGGCGGACAUGGAGCCCGAUUCUCUGCUCGUCAAGGACGAGACUUUUCCGGAGCUAGCUGGUGAUGAUGCCGAAUCGGUUUGUUCUUGUACAGAAAGGGAGGGCGACGCCUUCCCCAAGGCCUUUGAUCGAGACCUAGUGACUCCAACGAACACUGACGACCCUGAGCAGCAGCAGAAGCUAUUGGAGGAGAGGAGAAAAUCGCUGCUGGACCACCACUGGCCUGUGUCUUCUAGAGAUAGAGCUUCGAUCGACGUGGAUGAGCUACCCAUGCAUUCAUCUUCGAUGCAAGAAGAGCCAGUGGAACAAAUAGAAGAAGAGGAGGAGACCAUAUCAAAGGAAAGUUGCCAUGAUUCAGGAAUCGAUAUCAGGGAAACGAGUCUACCGCCGGUGGUUCCCAUACCAACCAAAAAACAAUACAGCGAUGCUGAUAUAGUACUAUCGAAAGAUUGGGUUCCACCUAUCACAAUAGCCCCAACAAAUGUUACGAAUACUCACGAGAUGUUCAGUCCGAGGAAAAAGAACAAUUCAGUGUCCUUCAGUCUCGACUCUACGUCUGAGCUUGAUCCUACACUACCGCCAUUGACAUCGAGUAUGGAGUCCAAGGAUGAUAACGAAAAGGCUGAAAAUAGAAAGAACAAAAUGUUAAAAAGACUGUCCUAUCCUUUGUCGUGGAUGGAAACGCUAGGAGGAGAAAAAGAUGAUGAGAAGCCGUCAAGUCAUCCGAAUUCUGCUGACUCCCAUCAUGCGUCCGUGUUCUCCAAAGUUUUCUCAAGACGUUCUUCGGUUGGCACAUUCAUGAGACAACCGACAGAAACAUCCAAAUCCAAAGUACCUCCACCAAAGCUGGAUUACCGAUCCAUGGUGUCAGUGGAUGACAUGCCAGAGCUCUUCGUUUCAUUCGAUAAACUGAUACCACGACCCGCUAGACCAUCGGAAGAUCCUCCUCUCUAUCUUCGAUUGCGGAUGGGAAAGCCGAUGUUCAAGCCAAUCUCCAAGUCUACGCCACUCAUGUCAUACGGCAAGAAGAAGAUGAGGCCGGAGUAUUGGUUCAGUGUACCAAAGAAUAGGGCAGACGAGCUGUACAAAUUCAUACAGGCAUGGGUUCCUGACAUAUACGGAGAACUCAAUGAAGAACAAAUCAAAGAAAGGGGGUACUGCUUGGUCGAAAUGGACACAGAACUCUGGAGCGAUGAUCCGACACCUUCGAAUAGUAGACACAACAGUCAGGAUGGUGAUAUAUCAGAAUUGACGAAAGACAGUUGGGAGGUUUUACCAAUGUCAGAGGAAUACCGCAAGGCCUUCCUGUGCUCUGCGGCUCCUUCGUUGGACGUUGAAUUGACGCCGCCUGACCUUAUUGGAAAUACGGAAAUUCUGACGUAUGAACAUCGUGAAAACCUGUGCCGCCACCUACCAGCGAGGGCUGAAGGAUAUGCAUGGACCCUCGUUUUUAGCACUAGUCAACACGGAUUUAGCCUUAAUUCUAUGUAUAGGAAGAUGUACAAACUGGAAUCGCCUGUUUUGCUCGUGAUCGAGGACACUGACAAUAAUGUAUUUGGUGCUUUGACAUCUUGCGCACUUCAAGUAUCAGAACAUUUUUACGGCACCGGCGAGUCGCUUCUUUUCCGAUUCAGCCCUGAGUUCCAAGUGUACAACUGGACCGGUGAAAAUUUGUAUUUCAUCAAAGGGAACAACGAGAGCUUGAGCAUCGGAGCCGGGGAUGGAAAAUUCGGUCUCUGGUUGGACGGGGACCUAUAUUUGGGACGCACAGAAAUGUGCAAGACAUACGGUAAUGAUCCGUUGACGCCUUCUGUAGAUUUUGUUGUGAAAACCCUCGAAUGCUGGGCGUUCGUCUCCAGCUAAAUGUAUCGUUGGUCGCUUCAUACACGUGCACGGUACCAACGCUGAUCUGUUUGUGAUAAGAUUUUUGGCGAAUUAAUCUCCCUCAAUUCAAAUUUGUUGUGGCUCUAUUUACAAACAAAAACGAUUGAUAAUAUUGCACAAGAUUUGGGCUUUUGUAUAACAUUGAUGAGAUUCGACAGGAUAAUAAAACUUAAACUUCAUUAGGUGAUCCAUCAUUUCCGAAAAUAUAUCAAUUCACGAAAUUUUUAGAGGACCAAAUUGAUUUUGUAUUUUAUUUCUACUGAAAAAAAGUGAAAUGUAUUUAUUUCUUUUUAAUUUGAUAUGUAUUUUUCGAUGAUAUACUUAUUCAGAGUGAAUUAACUGAACAAUCAAAGAACUGAUUUAAAAUUUUGCACUUUAAACCGAACUUUUGGAUACAAUGCUCAACAUAUGUGCUGUUUUCCAAUCAUUGGUAGUAUUCAUGAUCGUAUUUGGUGAAACUUGGUAACAUUCACUUGAUUUCUCUCGGCUCUGAUUCUGAAACAAUGUCAUUAAAAUAUAAAUAAUGUUAAAGAUCAUUAAUCGAACAUUUAGUACUGUUAUCAGAAGAUACUAGCUUACUUUGCAAAAAUUUGCUUGAAUAGCUAUGUACCAAAUCACUAUGAUGUAUUGAAAACUAGCUACUUCCCAAAUUAUCAGGGAUACAUGAGUUUGAUAUCAUAUAUUUUUUCAUUUGUAAUUAGUGACUCAUGCCAUUUCAACCUCAUUUAGAAUGUAUACUUCAUGUUCUCCAGGUUUUCUUGAAUUACAAGUGAAAAUUUGGUGAUAUAUAUUUUUAAUAUUUUAUCAUUGUGUAAGCAUCUGCUUCAGAAAUAUUUAGUGAAUUUAACAUAGCAAACGUGCGUUCAAUAAGAUAUCUUCAAUUGACAUUAGAUCUUAUAAUUUAUUUGUAAAUGAUUAAGUUAACACUUGACUGUAUUUAGUUACAUUUAGUCCCCCUAGUCAUUUUUCUACUCUAAUUUUAGUAGCUUUGUCUGAAUUUGAUUUGAAAGCAUGAGGGUUUAUAACGUUGUUGCAUAGUUAUAGGUUAUAGUCAUUCUGUGUUGCUCAGUUUACAACGAAUGACUUGGCAAUCCUGAUUUUAUUACGGUAAUACAUGUUGUUAAAUCUGUGCGCAACCAUAUUUGAACUUGGCAUAUUCCUGUGCAGACCGAACGUGGAUAUUGUACUCGAAUCUCUUAUUUCAUUUGAACUAGGACAAUUAAUAUUCAUGCUUGAUUACUCCAUUCUUGAAAAAGAUCGUAAAUUCUUCAUAGGUUAUCGUGAAAAAGUGGAUGCUCUUGCGAAAUCUAUGCCAUAUUUGCUCUCUGCAGGUUUAUGUCUUUGCCACCACUUGAAUAAUAAUCUCUCGAUGUAUGCAAUUAGUUAAUUGUGCAAAAAACCAAAAAAAGUAAUUGAUUGUGAUUUUAUGCUUUCAUCCUUGGUACGAAGCUUAGGUUAAGUAUAUCUUUAUAUGUUAUGGAAGAGACUUUUGAGUGGUUGGCAAUAGGUUCUGCGUCGCAUACAGCCAGGUUCAGAACGAUUGUGUUGUAGCAAUUGGAACAGGCUGUAGAUUUUAUGUCUAUCUGUCAAUUAGGUGCGUAGGAAACACGCCAUAUCAGUUGUCAAUUUGAUAAUUUCUUAUUAGAGGCUGUUAUGCGGACUGGUGUUUAUUUGUCACUGGGAGGAAGCGUCAGUUAGCUUGUUGAUAUAUUAUUUAUAGGUUCAUGCAUCAGUCCGUAAAUUUACUUAGAAUUAGUUCGAUGUCUCAGUUGUGUAUUAUAAACAUUUAUCUAGAUAUUUAUCUGAGAAACUUUCUGUAUAUAAACUGAAUAUAAAUAAAAUAGAACAGUGUAUUUUAAA